AAGGAAGGAAGGAAGGAAGGAAGGAAGGAAGGAAGGAAGGAAGAAAGAAAGAAAGAAAGAAAGAAAGAAAGAAAGAAAGAAAGAAGAGAAAGAAAGAAAGAAAGAAAGAAAGAAAGAAAGAAAGAAAGAAAGAAAGAAAGAAAGAAAGAAAGAAAGAAAGAAAGAAAGAAAGAAAGGAAGGAAGGAAGGAAGGAAGGAAGGAAGGAAGGAAGGAAGGAAGGAAGGAAGGAAGAGAAAGAGGGAAGAAGGGAGGGGAAAGAAGGAAGGAAUAAAGAAAAAAGGGGAAAACUUUUUUAUAAAGAUACUUUCUUUUACCAAUUACACAUAAUAUCAAAUUUCCACAUAAGUUUUCUGAAGUUAUAUGAUCCAAAUUGUUUUCUUCCCUCCCUUCCCUCUACCUUCCAGGGGCUGGCAAGCAAUUUGAUCUGGGUUGUGCUUUUAUUAUCUUGCAACAUAUAUUUCCAUAUUGUCCAUGUUUUUGUAAGAGAAUAAAUCAUCUAAAACCAAAACCCCAAAAUAAAAUCAAAUGAACUCAAGUGAAAAAUCGUAUUCUUUGACUGAGGAACAGAACUUUACCAAAGGGGAAGUAAGCUAGCCUCUGGUGCCAACCGAGGGCCCAAGGGAAAAGGAAAACUCUGAACAGAGAAAAUGGGCACCUACUCCCCAGAUGCCUCAUGUUGUUCAAUGGCAUAUUCUCAGAGAAAUAGCUAGCUUGAGCUCUGGGCCAAAGGCUGGUUUGGGAUGGGUGAGGACUGAAAGGACUAACGUGAGUGACCACUCUGGUUUCCGCUCCAGGAAAAUAACUUCUGCCUUUCUGUAAUUUCACAAUGUGUGCGUUUAUGCAGAGUGAUGAUGUAAAUGAAUUGGUGGAAGCCAACCAGCUCUUGAGGCAAGGGUGGGUACAAGAGGAGAUGGGCUCACAUGUGAACACCAGUUGACUGCAGAGCUUGAGUUGGUCAAACGUGCCUGGCACCCAGAACCUAUCUGAUACAGAGAGGAAGGUCCCAAUGGCUUCCUGGGCAAAUGAUAAGAAGGACUCAAGGCAUUCAAGUCGAACGAGCUAUGGCUCCAUCAGCUCCCCAUACACACCAGAGCUGUACCCAGAACUUCCCACGUCAACCUACUUAGAUGAGAAGAUCCCAAUCCCUGACACAACACCAGGAAGAUUCAGCUUCCGGAAGCUGUGGGCCUUCACAGGACCAGGAUUUCUCAUGAGCAUAGCUUUUCUGGAUCCUGGAAAUAUUGAAUCUGACCUUCAAGCUGGAGCAGUAGCUGAAUUCAAACUUCUGUGGGUACUGUUCUGGGCUACCGUGAUGGGCUUACUCUGUCAGCGCCUGGCUGCCCGUCUUGGAGUGGUGACCGGCAAGGACCUGGCAGAGAUUUGCCAUCUGUAUUACCCCAAGGUGCCCCGGGUCCUUCUCUGGCUGGUCAUGGAAAUAGCAAUCAUUGGUUCGGAUAUGCAGGAGGUCAUUGGCACAGCCAUCGCCUUCAGCCUACUUUCUGCUAGGAGGAUUCCCCUGUGGGGGGGCGUCCUCAUCACCAUCGUUGAUACGCUGUUCUUCCUUUUCCUGGACAAUUAUGGGCUGAGGAAGUUGGAAGCUUUCUUUGGGUUCCUUAUCACCAUUAUGGCCCUGACCUUUGGUUAUGAGUACGUGGUAGCGAAGCCAGACCAAAGGGAGCUGCUCAAGGGACUCUUUCUGCCCUCCUGCUCAGGUUGUGGCCAGCCUGAGCUCCUGCAGGCAGUGGGCAUCAUAGGAGCCAUCAUCAUGCCCCACAACAUCUACUUACACUCUGCUCUAGUCAAGUCUAGAGAGAUCGAUCGUUCCCAAAGACAGGAAGUUCGAGAAGCCAACAUGUAUUUCCUGAUAGAGGCUUCCAUCGCCCUGUUCGUGUCCUUCCUCAUCAACCUGUUUGUCAUGGCGGUCUUUGGCCAGACCUUCUACCAGCAUACCAACCAGACUGUGCAUGAUGUGUGCGCCAAUGGAAGUCUCUCUUCUUACACCUCGUUCCUCAAAGAUGACCAGAUGGUGAUUGCGGACAUCUACCAGGGGGGUGUGAUUCUUGGAUGCUUCUUUGGCCCUGCUGUCGUCUACAUCUGGGCUGUGGGCAUCCUGGCAGCUGGCCAGAGUUCCACCAUGACAGGCACCUAUGCUGGGCAGUUUGUGAUGGAGGGCUUCCUGAAGCUCCGCUGGUCACGGUUUGCCAGAGUCCUCUUCACUCGCUCCUUUGCCAUCCUUCCCACCAUCCUGGUGGCCAUCUUCAGGGAUGUCCAAGAUCUGUCCAGCUUGAAUGACCUCUUAAAUGUAUUGCAGAGCCUGCUGCUCCCCUUUGCGGUGCUCCCCAUCCUCACCUUCACCAGCAUGCCCUCCAUCAUGCAGGAGUUCACCAAUGGCUUGCUCUCCAAAGUCACCACAUCCCUCAUCAUGGGGCUGGUCUGUGCCAUCAACCUCUACUUCGUGAUCAGCUACCUGCAGGAGCUCCCCAAUAUGGGAUACUACGCGCUGGCAGCCGUGCUGGGGGCCGCCUACCUGGCUCUCUUCUUCUACCUGAUGUGGACCUGCUGCAUCGCCCACGGGGCUGCCGUCCUGGCGCGCGGCUCUCACCAGCAAUUCCUCUAUGGACUUCCGGAGAAGGGAAAUCCCAGCAGCUGAGCCCACCCGCCCAAGCGCUGGCAAACUCAGCCGGAGCCCCUCGCGCCAGGUCGGGGCUAAGCAGAGGGUUAAACUGGAACAGAUCCCGGAUCCAGGAAGCGGGAGCGCUUCGCCCUUGAACUCUAGGAGGCCGGUGGCCAGUUUGGAAGUGGGUAUUGCUAAGGGGAGAGCGGAAACUAAACCCGGAGUCUCUCAAACUCUCCCUGAACCCGGCUCCUUCGCUCCUUGCUCUUAUCUCCGCGGAGGGCCUUCUCUCCCCUUACCGGCCCUAUACCCAUUUUCCAGGCUGGAACAUUGAGUUACGCUUCACGCCCUAAUCGGGAGCCCGUGCCUUCCGGGCCCGGAUCAUUUGUCUUCUCCCCGGGGAAGGCCAGGCGUCCGCAACUCCCACGCCUCGCUCAUUAGCGGCGACCCACUAGUCUCUCCCGUUUGCUCCCACAAGGGGCAGGAAAGUCCCCAAACCAGGGAGGGCCACUCCGGGGCGGGUCACUAGGGUUUCAGGGCGCCCUCAGCUCCAGCCGGGGUGAGGACACACCUUCGCUUCUCCUUCUGCUAACGUGGGCGGCCUGGGGGGAAGCCCCAGGGUUAGGUUGGGGCUCCCCCUCCCUCCCCUACGCCCAGAGCUCGGACGGCUCUUUACCGACGGUCCCUGGGCGGUUUCAAGGCUCCCCAGCUCCCUCCUCCCUCCCUGCCUCCCGCCUCCUCGCCAGAAGUCUGGAGAACGGUCCCGGGGAGGGGACACUGCAUUCCAUGGCCCGGGGGACUUCUGGGGACUGAGGUGCACGAGGAACAGGGGCGCCCGGGCUGCCCACUAACCCAGGACCCCCAAGUCCGGCAGUCCGGACCCGCUUCGGGUAGGGGCGCUUGUUUUUGAGAAGAAUUUCCUCUUUCUUAAAAGGGCGAUGGCGUAGGUAGGGCCCACGGUGUAGGAGGGAUCGGGCGGGGUGCUGGGAAGGGUGGGGAAGGCGGGGAGGAGACCCACCCAGAUUUUCCGGGUGGAUUGACCCCUCCCUUCCUCCAAUAAACCGCUGGCCCGACGCCACGCAA